AUGCGCCUGUCUGACGGCAGCGGCCUAGAUGUGCUGACCGAGCUGCAAAAAGUAGGACGCAACGAACGCGCCAUUGUCAUUACCGCCUACGGUUCGGCUGAAAAUGCGGUUGAGGCACUCAAAGCGGGGGCCUUUGACUAUAUUGGCAAACCGGUUGACCUACAACAAUUGCGUAACGUUCUGGCCGCGGCCAUACAUGAGCACCAAUUACAGCUCCAAUUACAAAACCAACUACACCUCCAAUCACCAGACCAAGUGCCCGAUAAAGCGCCCACUGUCGCACAAAACCUUCUUUCCCCCAGGGCCCAGCAGGCCUUAACGCGGAUUGAAGGCAGCAGCCACGCGAUUGUGCAGCUACGCCAACAAAUCGCCAAGGCUGCCCGCGGUAUGGCGCCUAUUUUGAUACGCGGAGAAUCGGGUACCGGUAAAGAGCUCACGGCCUCCGCCAUUCAUGCCUGCAGCCAGCGGGCGCAAGGGCCUUUUGUCGCGGUGAACUGCGGCGCAAUACCUGAAAACCUGCUGGAGGCCGAAUUCUUUGGUGCCCGCAAGGGCUCUUACACCGGUGCAGGGCAGGAUCGACCUGGCUAUUUUCAGGCAGCCCACGGGGGCACCUUGUUCUUAGAUGAAAUUGGCGACUUACCCCUGGGUAUGCAAGCCAAGCUGCUGCGCGCCAUACAAGAGCGCUGCGUGCGCCCCUUAGGAUCAACCAAAGAAGAAAUGGUGGAUGUGCGCAUCGUCAGUGCGACCCACCACGACCUAGGGGCAGCAGUGCAAACGGGGCGUUUUCGCCAAGACCUUUACUACCGCCUCAACGUCAUUGAAUUAUUGCUCCCCCCCCCUGCGCGAACGCCGCGAAGACAUCCCCCAACUCGCAGCGGUACUGCUGGAGAAGAUCGCUCGCGAAUCGGGCCUAGAGUUACGCCCCCUCUCUCAAAAUGCCCUGACCCUAUUGAUGGAGCACCCUCUCAGUGGCAAUGUGCGCGAACUGGAAAACCUCUUACAACGCUCACUCGCUAUGUCUGA